GGCAGAACCUCGGCCCUACCUGGACAAAGUGAACCCCCACGGAUACAGUGCAUAUCCUCGAUCGAAUCAGGAAGCAUAUUAGUUCUGCCCCAUCUGGGAGCGAGCGAUAAAGAUAGAAAAAAUGGGAAGUGUAAGGUUGUAUGCAAGCUCCAUCUGUCUACUCAUAGCGCUACCAUCCUCCUAUCCAUGGCUUGUGGUCUCGCAGUCUACGGUCAGAACUCUUCCUGGUUUUUCUGGCCCUCUACCUUUCCAUCUAGAAACCGGGUACGUGGGUGUGGGGGAAUUGGAAGAAAACCAGCUGUUUUACUACUUUGUGGAGUCUGAGAAGAACCCAAAAGAGGACCCUCUUCUGCUGUGGCUCACAGGCGGCCCUGGCUGCUCUGCAUGGAGUGGCUUUGCUUUCCAAGUAGGCCCUUUGAAAUAUGAUCAUCUGCCGUAUCAUGGUGGCAUACCAACUCUCAUUUUAAACCCAUAUUCGUGGACAAAGGUAUCCAACAUCAUCUUCUUAGAUUCACCUGGUGGGACUGGAUUUUCAUAUUCAAACAGCUCAAAAGUUCACAUGCCUAGUGACACAAGAUGGGCCAAAGAAGCCCAUGAGUUUCUAAGAAAGUGGUUGAUUAAUCAUCCACAAUUCCACUCAAAUCCGCUCUACAUUGCUGGUGAUUCAUACGCUGGCAAAAUUGCUCCGAUCAUCGCUCAAGAGAUAUCAAAUGCCAUUGAAACUGGACUGGAACCUCUCUUCAAUCUCAAGGGGUAUUUAGUGGGGAACCCAGUAACAGAUGAAAAGAUUGACGGAAACGCAGUUGUGCCAUAUGCACAUGGGGUGGGCCUUAUAUCGGAUGAACUCUAUGAGUCGGCCAAGAUAAAUUGUGAUGGAGAUUACACAGAUACUAGCCGUCCACAGUGUGCAAAGGAUCUUCAGGCAGUGGAUGAGUGCCUUUCAGGAGUUAGUAAAUCUCACAUUUUGGAGGCUGACUGCGCCGAAGUGGCCCUAAAGCCAAAAGAAUCUGUGGUGGGACAUAAAAGAUCCCUUGAGGAGUCUUCUGCAGACCUCAAUCCUUCCUUGCCUUCUAUGGACCUCAAUCCUUCCUUUGGCUGCAGGAAAUACCUCUACGUGUUUUCUUACUAUUGGGCGAAUGACGAUAGUGUGAGAAAGGCUCUUCACAUCCGUAAGGGGACCAUUGGAGAAUGGAAAAGAUGCCACAGGGGCAUGCCUUAUAUAACAGAUGUCCCCAGUAGCGUACAAUAUCAUCUCAAUGUGACCACAAGAGGUUACAGAGCCUUGGUAUACAGCGGCGAUCAUGACUUGAACAUUCCACAUGUUGGCACACAGACAUGGAUAAGAUCUCUCAACUUUUCCAUCAUUGAUGACUGGCGAUCAUGGACCGUUGAUGGGCAAAUUGCUGGAUACACGAGGACAUAUUCAAACAACUUGACAUUUGCAACUGUAAAGGGUGCAGGCCACACAGCUCCAGAGUACAAUCCUAAGGAAUGCUUUGCUAUGUUCAAGAGGUGGAUUUCUCUUAAUCCACUGUACUAUCUGGGGGUGCCUAUUGUUAAAGGGAGGAUUAAUUCCUUACCUGGCUUUCCUGGCCCGCUCCCCUUCUACCUGGAAACCGGGUAUGUGGGUGUGGGGAAAUUGGAUGAAGACCAGCUCUUCUACUACUUUGUAGAGUCUGAGAACAACCCAAAAGAGGAUCCGCUUAUGCUGUGGCUCUCAGGUGGGCCAGGUUGCUCUGCAUGGAGUGGCUUUGCUUUCGAAAUAGGUCCAUUGUAUUUCGAGAAUUUAGACUACAAUGGGAGCGUACCAACCCUUGGUUUUAGACAACAUUCAUGGACAAAGGUUGCCAGCAUCAUCUUCUUAGAUUCACCAGUUUGGACUGGAUUUUCGUACUCAAGUGGCUCAAAAGAUGCCAAGAAUGGAGACAUAAGAUCAUCAAAGGAAGUUCAUGAGUUUCUGAAGAAGUGGUUGAUUGAUCACCCCCAAUUCCUUUCAAAUCCACUCUACAUCGGUGGCGAUUCCUACUCGGGCAUCACCAUUCCUAUCAUCGUUCAAGAAAUAUCAAAUGGUAAUCCUCAUCCAUUACUUAACUUGCAGGGUUACUUAAUUGGAAACCCAGUAACGGAUGCCAAGUUUGACGGUGACUCAGUGGUACCACAUCUACACGGAAUGGGGAUUAUAUCCGACGAACUGUAUGAGGACGUCAUGAAGAGUUGCAAAGGUGAUUAUACAAAUCCAACUAAUCGGCAGUGUUCAGAAGAUCUUCAAGCAGUAAACGAGUCAUAUGGUUAUUUGCUUUCCUACUUCUGGGCUAACAAUGAAAGUGUUCGAAAGGCAAUCCACAUCCGAAAGGCAUCAGUAAAACAAUGGCUAAGGUGCAACCGUGGCUUAAGUUACAUGAGUGAUGUUCAAAGUAGCUUAAAAUACCAUCUCAAUCUAACAACAAAAGGUUAUCGAGCUCUAAUAUAUAGUGGUGAUCAUGACUUGGUCAUUCCAUAUCUGGGCACCCAAGCAUGGAUCAGAUCUUUAAAUUUCUCCAUCGUCAAUGAUUGGCGAUCAUGGUCUGUUGAUGGCCAAAUCGCUGGAUAUACAAGGACAUAUUCAAACAAUUUGACAUUUGCGACUGUGAAGGGAGGGGGCCAUACCGCUGCAGAGUACAUGCCUAAGGAAUGCCUUGCCAUGGUACGACGAUGGAUUUCCUACAAUCCUCUAUAA